AAACGACCUUUAUACCAAUCCGAUUUGAUGUUUUGUUUGAGGUUUUCUUUGCAAAAGCAAAAGAUUAUGAUUCACGUAUCUAAAUGAACUGUUAAUCAUUAUUUAGGCAGUUUUAACGAUUGGCAUUUAUAUAAAUAAUGGAUUCUUCGAGAAGAAAUAACUUUGAAGAUCAGCGGUGCAUCCUAGGACUACAAGAUUUGAAAUUAUCCAACAAAGAUGAGGACGGCACUGAGCAAGCGCACGGGGCUGCAACAUCGAAAACAAACUCUCUCGCCAAGGCUCGGCCUGUGGGAGCGAUCGAAAGCUUCGUUCUGGACAACACCCAGACUAAUAGACAGGAUUACAGUUUUUACGAACGUUCAAACGUGAUAGCAGCUUCAAAGUUCGCGACUCCAAAGCGUGUAGAAACGAUAGCGUCGAUCAACAAACGCGAUAUAAACACGGCGGCACUCCCCGCGAGCCCAACACGAUCCAUCGAUAGUAAGUCGCAGAGGUCGCUCAGUUACCAAACUGAGGAUCUGUACGAGAUUCCUGCAAACCCGAAUUCUCAGUUUCCACCUCCUGUGUAUGAAAACAUAGAAUACUACGGUGAACAGCGAUCCCAACAGCCGCCGUACUUCCACCAGUUGUACCAGGCGGGCGCGCCGCCGCCGCCGCCGCCGCCCGUGUCCGACGGCUACUACGAUACGCGCUACAGCAAGGCUCAACCGCAAGUACCUGUCAACGCUAAGCCUAAACAUAACCCCACUGUCUACGAAAAUAUGCUUUGUUCAGAUGGUGAUAAGAAAAAUGAAUAUAAACCACUUCAGAAGAAUGAACAACGUUUUGUGCAGCAAGGAUCAAUGCCAGGGCCACAAGUGCCUAUUACUGCAUCCAACAGGAGCAUUUCUCAGUUGUUAAUGAAUGACAAAGGAAUAUCAGAAAAAACUCCUCCACCGCCUCCAUAUAAUUCCUCCCAAGUCAGCUCUAGCAGUGAUUACACAGUUAUGAAAUCGGCUCCACCUAAGUACACAGAUGUCACAGCUCUUCUUAAGAAUGGCAGCGCUUCCAGUUUUGACAGUAAAGUUGUUCCAUCAACUGCUAUUUAUGCCUCAAUAGCCCCAAGUGCUCAAAGGCCAAAGGCUUAUUCUGCUACUGAAGUUCAACAAAACCCCAAGUUUUAUCACUCUAAGCCUAAUCCAGGAAUUGACAAGCCACCAGCUAUAAAUGGUGGAUUUGCAAAGCCACCACCAGUUAAUCGGAUGCAGAUAGUCGAUGAUGCCAAUGGUUCAGACUAUGUGUGCAUGAGUGGAGGUUCUCCAGCAACAACAGUUCCUACAACAAGAGAUAACAUGUCAUCUGGCUCAGAAUCUCUAGGAUCUCGAAACUUAGUGUCAGGUCUGCCAUCCCUGUGCUCCCCGGCAGUGUCACCAGCUCCAAGCCCAACACCUAGUUCCGUAUCGGGCAUGUCUGGCGUGUCUGGUGGCUCACGCGGCUCAGGUGGACGCGGAAAGAGCUUGCUGCCAUAUAGCAUCACACCACCGCGUCCUGCCGGGCCCAGUGAGGCACAGCGCAAAAUUGAAGAGCUCACAAGACAGCUCGAAGAGGAAAUGGAAAGGCAGGAUGAGGAAGGAGAAUACUUUGGCAUCUGCCACACGUGCGGCACAGGCGUCACGGGCGCGGGACAGGCGUGCCAAGCCAUGGGCAACCUGUAUCACACAAACUGCUUCAUAUGCUGCUCGUGCGGGCGUGCGCUGCGCGGAAAGGACUUCUAUAACGUACACGGCAAAGUGUACUGCGAGGAGGACUAUUUGUAUUCCGGAUUCCAACAGACUGCAGAAAAAUGUGCAAUAUGCGGACACUUGAUCAUGGAAUUGAUCCUGCAAGCCAUGGGCAAGUCAUACCACCCGGGCUGCUUCCGCUGCUGCGUCUGCAACGAGUGUCUCGACGGCGUGCCGUUCACCGUGGACGUGGACAAUAAGAUCUACUGCGUCAACGACUACCACCGCAUGUUCGCACCCAAGUGCGCCAGCUGCGGGAAAGGCAUAACCCCAGUGGAGGGCACGGACGAGACGGUGCGCGUCGUGUCAAUGGACCGCGACUUCCACGUGGACUGCUACAUGUGCUGCGUGUGCGGCAUGCAGCUCACCGACGAGCCCGACAAACGCUGCUACCCGCUCGCCGGCAAGCUGAUGUGCCGCUCGUGCCACCUCGCCACCAUCGGCGCCGCCUCGGGGCCCGGCCAGCCGCCCGCGCCGCACCUCAAGCCCGCCUCCUACCAGUACAUGGGAUAAACACACGCUCACGGAAAAUAUACGAGGGCUCUAAUGUCACAAAAAACGGAAUACUAUUGAGAACUGUGCGCGACUGCAAAACUGAACUUGUAGGCUCAAAAUGUCAUUUGACAAUGACAUAGAGUCAACUUACAGAUACCUAAUGGAGCAGGCGGGCGUUCCUGUCACGCACCCAGAUAAUAGUUUCUUUCCCUUUGACCGCGCCUCUACGUGCUAAUCCUGCUAUUUCCAUCUUUACCAAACUACAGCCAUCAGUGAAUUGUCUGGCAGACCUUGGCGCAACACGUAACGAUUUUAGAUAGCUGAGUGUGAAGAACACUACUAAGUUUAGCAAUUCUCCUUGUAUGUAUGUCCCAAGUUCUCAUUUGAUGGUUUGCUACAGAUGUAGUGCAUAAUUAUUUUCCAUCGUAUUUUCUCGGAAACGUUCGUAUUUGUCAUGCUACUUCAGUCAACCUCAGUACUUUUUGUACCGAGACCGACUAAAAUAGCAAGACACGUUCGUACGUUUCCGUGAAAAUACAAUGGAAAAUAAUUAUGCACUACCAUCUGUACAUGCUAUAGGUGUUUCUUACACGAUGAUUUAUCGUAAUGUCCAAACCGAAACUGAUGCGUCUGCUUCAUUCGAAGUAAUUCGGUAAUUUUAUACAAACGUUUUUACAUAUAAUCAUAUCGGGAUUCCUGCAAAGAAGAUUAUCUAAUCGUCGACUAAGGGUCGGUUGCACCAAACCGUCUGUCACCGUUAAAGCGUUCGCAAAAUUUUAUUGUAUAGGAAUUUUCAUAGUACUUGGUUGAGUGAUGUUGAUCAGUCUGUUAAGUAUGGUUGGUGCAACUGGCCCUAACUAUAGUGCAUAAUGGCUAAAAAUAAGCCUUUGUUAAGUUUUUAGUUCUUAGUUGCUAUAUGUUCAUAUGAAAUUUUAGGGUUUACUUUAAGUAAAGAAAAUAUAUGUGACGUUUUCAACUAAUAGGUACCACAUUGUCGGUUGUCGAUAAGGUUGAUUUCAAAUUGAAGCUUUAUGGAAAUAGCGUCUUAUGGACGACCGACAACAAGUACCCUUUUGGUUGAAAACGGCACAUAUAAAUACUGGAGCCAUAUACGAUCAAAAUAAUGUUUGAUGCUAAUUUAAGAUUAAUAUGCGCAGCUUGGUAAUAUUUCCAUGCAUUUGUUUUUAACCUGGCAGUUGGCCAUGAAACAUAUUUUUACUAGUGUUCAAAAUACACUUUCAGGCCAAUUCGAAUGUGCACUGACAUCAACCCGAUAUUAGCACGGAGUAGGAUGGAGAUGGCAAGUGGGCGUUCCCGUCUAUCCGACAGUUAGUAGCGACCGACUUACUUUAUGCACAGACUAUGCUCAGUUGUUGUGUAAACUUCAUGCUCGAAUGACAUUCACGUCGUACGUACGCUCGUCUAACAAAAAUUGAUAAUUAAAUUUAAAAUGCCGUAUUGUGCAGUAUUAAGCUGCAGAAAUCACAGCGGUUUAAAAAAUCUUUCACGUGGAGGUAUUUCCUAUCACCGGUGGUUAUUUAUUUAAAUAUAAUCCGAUAAAUA